AUGGAAGUGGAAGCGGAGGCGUCGACGGCGGCCGGAGAUCUGGUGGGAGCUCUAGAGCAAGCAGCUCUAAUGGCGAAGCAACUCGGGAACUGCCGCCGACCGUCGCAGAUCGCUCAAAUUCAAACAGCGCUUUAUUUCGCGCACCACCAUCUCAGCCAAAUCCUCUCCCAAUUCCCACCGGCGAGCCAUCCGCCGCGAGGGUUUCUCCCAACGCUGCAGUCGGAGAACUCGGUCUCCUCCGCCGUGGGCGGCGGCGAGGAGAAUGGCGAGACGGGUGGGGGCGAGCCGAUGCAGAUGGGCGACGAUGACGAGGAGGAGCAGAAUUCGCAGGCGGCGGCUCCGGCGGCCACAGCUUUAAUUGUGAAGGUUGAGGAGAAGAUGAGAGAUUGUUUUAUUCAGAACAAAAGGCCGAAGCGGCGGCUUUCUCCGGCGGCGGAGCCCCGCCGUGUAUAUGGCGAUGAGGGUUUCAGGGACAGCGCUGAGGAGUUCGAUCCUAUUGGAACUAAAUUAAGAUCCCUUGACCUAAUUUAUCAAUUCCAUGCUUGA